UUUUAGGAGAGUUUGCGAAGAUCGAACUGUCAUAGAUUAGAGAAAGCCAGGGACUCCGAAGCCGCGCGCGAUGUGUUGUCAGUCUUGUCAGGCUGGAAGAUAAUGACACUUGGAACUUUACACUCGCAGGAUGUCGACAGUUUAGAAACCAAAAUUGCAUAAUUCAACAAAGGUAUUUGUUGUAUUUUCAUAGCAUACGAUAUUGCUACAUUUUCGUUUUUAACUGGAUACAAAUUUAAACCAACAAGUGGAAUUUGGUGCGGAGAGAACGCGCUUCAGCUGAAUUGGUUCCAGUCAUGGAAGAGCAAAAGGAUCAAAACAGCCGAGAUUCCAGUGAGGCGGACAGCGUUUCUCUCUCGCCGAACCUUCCGUCUCCCCCGAUCUUACCCCAUCAGGCAGCGCAACAAGCCCACAGAACCACCAACUUUUUUAUUGAUAAUAUUCUGCGGCCAGACUUCGGCUGUAAGAAGGAGCUUGGGUGCAGGGAGCGGGCGCAGACCUCGGGCAGAGAGAAUGUAAAUCCUUUGAUAAUAAGGCCGUCUCAUCCGAGCACCCUGUGCCAGGAUUCAAACUGUAGUAGCGACAGUACAUCAUCUUCGUCGUCUUCGUCGUCUUCGCCCCCUUCCAAACAGAGCUCGUCAAAGCCGGGUGAAGGAAAUGGAACUAACACUACAAAGUACGGAGAAAACACCACGUCUAUUAUGGUUGUGAACGCGAAUAAUGGUGGACCUGCUCCUGCUACAGAGACCCAGCCGCUGCUGUGGCCUGCCUGGGUUUACUGCACGAGAUAUUCGGACCGACCGUCAUCUGGCCCAAGGACACGAAAACUGAAAAAGAAGAAAAACGAAAAGGAGGACAAGCGACCCAGAACCGCAUUUACGGCCGAACAGCUGCAAAGACUUAAGGCAGAAUUUCAGGCCAAUCGCUACAUCACGGAGCAAAGGAGACAGUCACUGGCCCAGGAACUGAACCUCAACGAAUCACAGAUCAAAAUCUGGUUUCAGAAUAAGAGGGCAAAAAUAAAAAAAGCCAACGGUUACAAGAACGGUCUGGCCCUUCAGCUAAUGGCACAGGGACUGUACAACCAUUCCACCACAACGGUUCAGGAAGACAAGGAGGACAGCGAGUGAGCACCACCCCCACACUCCCCACACAACAAGCCCCCGAACCCUCGACCCCUCCCAGCCAACCCGUCGCUCUCAAUGUGCCAUAGACACUGCAUGGGAGGGGAUGGACAUUUUUUAUUUUUCAGAUUUUUUUUGACGAGAAAAAAUAAGAAAACAAAAAAACAUGGAGUGGGACAGGUGCUAUUUAAAUCAGAUCUCUGUCUAUCAUAUAGUAUAUGGACAUAACUAUAUAAAUGAUGAACAUUAUUAAAAAUUAUAUAUAUAUAGCCAAACACUAUGACGUUGUAUAUAUUUAAUUUCAGGUAAGGGUAUCUCUAUAUCAGCCCCUACUUGCUGGAGAUUUCUAUCGUUUUUUUUUUCCUUUAUGAUGUUGUUGCUCAUUGUUUUAGUAAGUGUCUGACUCAAUAGGAUUUUUUGUGAUUUCUGUCUCCCAAGUCCCCCACAUAAACUCACAAUUCGACAGACAGCGUUCCUGAACCGCCGCUUCAAGCCAAAGAUUUUAAUAUGUUCAGAAUAUAUGUAGUCUGAAAUAAAAGUGUAGAAUGUGCUCUCA